UCAUGCAUAACGCCGUGCAUAGAAUUCGCACUAUACCAUGACAUAAGCACAAAAGCCGAAAUGUGCUUACGCACAGAAAAAUCCAGAUGCAGGAAUCUGAACAUUCACCAACUUCUGCGUUCUUCCGCUAACUAAAUCCCACUCAGCGUGGAAAUUAACGCAUGUGCACGUACCUACUGCCCCACCCCAACUCCUCCCAGAAUUACGCCUCUUUGAAUAUGCAAAUCAAUAUAAAUAGCCCCUUACCUUCAGCGCUUCAGCAAGACAAUGGCGAAAGCACGUGAAAAAACAAAAAAAAAAACUUCAGCAAAUGUGAAAUGGAGGUCCUGCUAGCUGAAAUAGAGGCCAGGAAAAAUGUUUUAUUUGGCAACUUAGGAAGUGGCAUUAGUAACAAAAGGAAAUUGAUGGAGUGGCAUAGCGUGGCGGACGCAGUCAGGAGUGCUGGAGCAGAAAAUCGUACUGUGACCGAAUUAAAAAAGAAGUCGUCAGACAUCAAAGUUGCCAUGAAAAGGAGAGUCGCAGCUCAUUGUCUGCAUGUUAGCUCCACUGGAGGAGGUACUGAACUUCCGGAGCUCACACCGUUUGAGCAGCGAGUUGCAGCAAUUAUUGGUGACACACUCAUUGUCUGCAUUUUACCUGCGGGUGAGGGAGAUACUGACAUCACCGCAGGUGCCGACAAUAGUACAAAAGCUGACCCAAAUGAGGAGGACAUGGUUCCGGGCGAUGAUGGUGCUGCUUCUGUGCUGACCACAUCUUCGGGCGGUGGCUGCUCACACACCCCUGCCUCGGAAACUGGUGGGCGAUCAUCUGGCCGUGUCCUGAUUGAUGCAGUCCUAGAAUCUCAAAAUGCAUUGGUGGAUGCGGUGAGAGAUGUGGCCAAUGAACUAAGAAAGGCUGUAUUGUAUGACAUUAGCAAAAAAUUAACUGAUUUGGUGAAAAAAUAA